AUGGUUAUUAGAAGGCUGAUAAAGAACAAGUGCUCAAGAUGGUUUCUUACUGGUAAAUUUAUAAUAAGUAUGGCACUGUGUGAAAGCCAGUUGGACUCGGUUCUGCAGAUCAAUACUGAUGAGCAGACUUCCGAGAAGAAGAUGGAGCCUAAUGGAGAUAUUUAUGGAUUGGACAACGUGCCUCCCUUACCUCUAAGCGUGGAUUAUCGGUCCCCCGUUUCCCACUUCGUCCCGCCAGCUGUAGAAUUGUAUGCCGCGAGACAUAAACCCGAAUUAAAUGUUGCUCCAGCUACGAGUCAGACGCCGCCACCUAUGAAAAGAAAACGGGGAAGGCCCAGAAUAGAUAAAACAAGUCCUGAAUAUCUUGCAAACUUAGCUGCAAGGAAACAAGCGCGGGAAAUGGCCGCAGUAAUGAAUAAUCGCGUGGAUUCGGGGGAAAAGCGUAAGCGAGGAAGGCCGCGUGUCGACAAAACUAGUCCCGAAUAUCUGGCUAGGAAACGCGCUAGGGAGUUAGAAGCAUUAGAAAAGAAAGCGAAAAAGGAGUAUAGAAGGCGAGCAACUGGUGGCAAAGUCGUUAAAACAACGAACAAUAUGGCAUCGCGUGUUAAAAAGGUAUCUACAAAUAAAAACAACAUAAGAAAGACGCCUCAAAAGGUGUCUGUAAGAAAAGGUGAUAAAAAAAUUAUAAUGAGGCGAAAUACGAAAUUUUUAAAACGUAAAGAUUCAGCCGCAUCGUCUUCUGCGGGCGAAUCUACGCCGCGUGCAAAGAGAAAGUAUACCAAAAGAGCACCAAGUGCUAAAAAGGAUUCCACAUCAAAUGCAGAUCGUGUUAAAGGAAAACGGGGCAGGCCAAGGAAAUCCGAGCAGCUUGCAAAUAAAAAUCCACAGCAAGGAAAGAUACGUGUGAGGAGCAAUCUGAUGCCUUCCGCCGAGCCCAUCACGCUGGACAGCGAUGAUGAACCGGAUCUAGGAUCGCCGAGUCAAGCGUCCGAUUCGUUAAGUUUAGACGAGAAUUUAAGAGCUUUGAGGCAUAUACAUGAGAAAUAUGCGAACAUAGAUAAGGACGAUCUGUACGAGGCACAUCUUCUAGCGGCGAACUUUAAAAAACCACCAAUGGACCAAAUGGACCAAACGGACCAGAGAUUGAACAAAGAUGAUGAUGAAGUGCUCUCUGUUAGAAGUUCAGAAGGUGCAUCUGUGAAAGAGUUAAACACAAGAUCGGAAAAAUUGGAGGAUAGUUCCAAUUCCGAUUCGGACUCGAGUUCUGGGUCUGGCAGUUCCAGUUCCUCAUCGUCAUCAUCAUCAGGCAGUUCGAGCUCGUCAGACAGUUCUGACAGCGAUUCCGAUGAAGAGACCAAGCCCGAUGACAGUAAACCUGUCAACGAUGUAGUGGAGAAAGAGGAUGACAGGUCGUUUGGCGCGUGGUCGUACGGUCCGUCGGGUUCGAACCCGGAAACGUCCGACUCUGAAUCGGACCCAGAGCGCGCCGCGCCGCCGCCGCCCGCCGCGCCGCCCGACGACGUCAGCGAGAGCGAGAACGAGUCCGCCGACAAGAGCUUUCAGUGUCACGUGUGCGGCAAGUGGUACUCCACACGGGUCACGCUCAAGAUACACAGGCGCGUCCAUCAAAACAAAGGCAGUGGUACCUCGCGUUCGCGCACGCGCUCCUCCGACAGAUACGAGUGCGACUGUUGUAAUGAAACCUUUAACCGACGUGAGAAGCUUUGGGAGCACAAGGCGGAGGUGCACCGCGGCUCGAUGACGGUGCGCUGCGACGUGUGCCGCAAGUGCUUCGAGGACGACGCCGAGCUCGCCGCGCACGCCCGCGCGCACACCGACGACGAGCGCGCCGGUCGGUGCUCGUCGUGCGGCAGCACGUUCGCGCGCUACGAGCAGCUGCGGCGGCACCGCGCGCACGCGCACCCCGCGGCCGCGCACGCGCACGCGCACGCCGGCCGCCUGCCGCACGCGUGCGCGCAGUGCGGCAAGCGCUUCUCGCACGCGCACUCGCUCACGCGCCACGCGCACAACCACGCCAAGCAGCUGUACCGGUGCGUCGUGUGCAAGGCAUCGUUCGCACGCGCAGAUCAACUCGCACAGCACCUCAAUAGCCAUCUCGCGAACUACAAGCGCCUCAAGCAA